AGAGCCACCUCUCGGCCCGAGCGCGAGGCCACCGCGGGGGGCCGCGGCCGCCGAGGCGAACUGUGCGCGAUGGCGGCCGGCCGCUCAGAGAGGCCGAGGUCUCCCAGGUGCCGAUGCUGGCGGCUCGGCGCCCUGUUCCUCGGCGGGCUGGCCGCGCUGAAGCAGGGGGUCGGCUUUGCCUCGCCGCGCACCUCGAGGCCGCGCGGCGAGGGCCUGGCCAGAGUGGCAGGUCGGGCCAUGGUCAAGGACCCGCUCCAGGGCGUCUCUCCAGAAGUCGAGAGGGCGAACAGCAUGUGGGCCCGGCGGCUGGAGGACAUCUUCUUGUCCGGCUCGAGGCUUUGGGCUGCGAUGCAGAAGCAGGGCAACACCAAGAAGUUUUACUUCAUCGGCACCAACGGCAAUAUGGGUGACCAG